GAGGGAGGAGUACGUGGAAGGCAUUUUGACCUAUCGCUCGCGCGAAACCAAAUCUCUUUGUUUCUCUUAAUUCCUUUAUAGUAGCAAGUGAAGUUGAAGUUGCAGGUGUGUGUCUCAUGGCGUCUGUUAUUCCUCGAUGCCUUCCUCCCCCAAUUCCAAUUGCACACCGACGAAAGGCGCAGGUGGUGAAAUCGUGUCACCAAAACGAGAGCUCUGCUUCGGCUCACACAGACCACUCCUCAAAUCCAAAGGAACUCCGAGUAACAGUUUCCAGGCGUAAUUGUCUCUCAUGUUUGUGUUCUACUAUAGUUUUGAUUAGUGAUUGCGCCAUGCCUAUUUUUUUACCAAAGGCAUCCGCUGCGGAUGGAAAUGGAAUCAUGGAAAAACCUGUGUGCAGAAAUUGCUUGGGAAGCGGUGCUGUGCUUUGUGAUAUGUGUGGUGGCACAGGAAAAUGGAAAGCUCUUAACCGGAAGCGAGCUAAAGAUGUUUAUGAAUUUACUGAGUGUCCAAAUUGUUAUGGUCGAGGAAAGCUUGUCUGCCCUGUUUGUUUGGGAACUGGUUUACCUAAUAAUAAAGGUCUCCUAAGGAGGCCUGAAGCACGGAAACUGCUUGAUAAGAUGUAUAAUGGACGGCUACUUCCAAACUCUUAGAAGCCGUAAAUCUGAGCAAAGGGCUUGCUAAUGCUCUGCUUUUUGGCACAAUGAUUGGGAUGUUCUUCACCAGUUAACAAAGCCAGUGACUGCAUUGGUUAUCAACUUCUAGCACAGAUCAUGUGGAGGACUUUGCUUAUAUUUUUGGUCUGGAUGCAUUCCAGAACUCUAACCAUCGGCUUGGUUAUCAACCUUAUGUUUUUCAUGGUUCUGUAUGAAAAAAAGGUCCAUUAUUCGAUGCUACAAUCCUCAUAAUCAUGCAGAUCCAAUUGACUUACAAAAUCCCAUGUAUAAUGUAAACAUUGAGCAAAUACUUCCAGCAAGAGUAGCUUAUUCAGGCUCUUAAUUAGUUACCAAGUAAAUAUGUAAAACCUACAUGUUCAUGCGCCUCGUGUACACCUAAGAGGUAUUGUGUCGUUAACGAUGUGUAAUAACUAAUAUGUAGCGCUUUUACGAAAUUUAUUACAGUAGUUUAAAAAAUUAAAAGUAUGCCAUGAAUAACCUUAUUUUGCUGUGUUU